AUGCAGCACCAAGAGCUGUGUUUGCAUCAUAAAACUUCUUGGACAUACAAACGCUUGUCAUUGAACGAUUAUGUGCAAGAUUUUGCGUGCCAUGCUUUGCUUGCAAAUUGCAAAACCACACUGGCAAACAACGCCAGACAAAGCGCUUAUCUAUACAAGCAGUUUAAGCCCACGUGCAGUCCAGACUUGUAUGUCGAGAUUGCUGAAAAAGGUGCAAUGCUUCAAGGAAUGCUAGGUGGGACUUUCACGCCCUUUCCGCAUGUUUUCCUCGGUGUGCUGUGUCACAAUUGCGGGGGUCUGUUUUACUCAGAUAUUGGUGAGUCCACAUUGCCACGGUCAAAGUUUGAGUCCAGCACUUUCCUUAUGGUCGUCCCCACCAAAUCAGUGCCUCAGGAUGGGAUUUGA